GAAAUAGGGUAUGUUUUAAAUAAUUUAAAAACAAGAUUUAUUCUGGUAUGCGCCCCGUCAGAAUAUAUUUGCUUCACUCGAAUAUAUUAUCUAAAAGGGGGGUUACAAAAAGUGCUAAUUUAAAAUAAAUAAAUAGAUAUAUAAAUAAAUAAAUCUAAAAUAACGUAAACGAUAAAUAUAUAUUUAUAAGAUUACGGUAUGGUCGUUAAAAGAAAGUUAUAGUGAAAGUAAAUGUGGUGAAAACAACUUUUAAUUUGAAAAAACAAGCAAAGCAAAAAAAAAAAAAAAAAAACAGACUAUGAAAAAGAGGUUUAAAAACACCUCUUCCCAGGGUGGAACUACCUGAAGGUUGCAACAUGGCUGCUGUAGGGGUAUUAGGGAAAAUUUAGCUCAUGAGUUAAGUUUAACUUUAAUCUCUUGAGUCAAAACUUAUUACAGUUUUCUGUAACGAAACAGUAACGGUAGAUUUGCAGUAAUUAUAAUAUAUACAUAUAUUAAAACAAAACAAAACAAAAAAAACGGGGAUCUACUUUAUCUGGCUAAGCAAGCUACCACUACUAGAACUAAAUGUUUUAAAGUUUUUUUUUUAAGUUUUUUUUUGGGGGGGGGGACGGUAUUUGCUGUCUAGGGAAGUAGCUUCGGGCCACGUUGGAAUGCUAACAUGCAUUUUUCCAUUCCCGAGACCGAGGUUCGUUCCGGAGAGAAUGGGUCCACUUAUGUGGCUUACAACAUUCACGUAAACGGAGUUCUGCACUGCCGGGUCAGAUACAGCCAGCUCCUCAGGCUACAUGAGCAGUUAAAAAAGGAGUAUGGUAAUAAUGUAGUCCCAGCAUUCCCUCCAAAGAAACUUUUUACACUCGCGCCAGUUGAAGUGGAACAGCGAAGAGAACAGCUAGAGAAGUAUAUGCAGGCUGUGCGACAGGACCCUAUACUUGGAGCCAGUGAAACAUUCAACAGCUUCUUGAGAAAAACCCAACAGGAAACACAGCAGAUUCCCACGGAGGAAGUUCACUUGGAUGUUUACCUGUCGAAUGGGCAGAAAGUGAAAGUGAACAUACUCACAUCAGACCAGACCGAGGAUGUCCUAGAGGCUGUAGCUUCGAAGUUAGGUCUACCUGAUGACCUGGUUGGAUACUUUAGCCUUUUCCUGAUCCGAGAGGGAAAGGAUGAGGGCUAUACUUUUGUACGAAAGCUGCAAGAGUUUGAAUUGCCGUUUGUAUCAGUCACCAGCCUUAGGAACCCAGAGUAUCGAAUCGUCCACCGGAAAAGUUACUGGGAUUCAGCAUAUGAUAACGACAUAAUGGAUAACGUGGUUGGACUAAAUUUAUUAUAUGCGCAGACAGUUUCCGAUACCGAACGAGGCUGGAUCCUGGUGAAUAAAGAGCAGCAUAGACAGCUCAAAUCCCUGCAGGAGAAAGGCUCUAAAAAAGAGUUUAUCCGUUUUGCUCAGACCCUGAAGUACUUCGGCUACAUGAAGUUUGAUCCCUGCAUCACAGACUUCCCAGAAAAGGGCUGCCAUGUGAUUGUCAGUGCUGGCAACAAUGAGUUGAACUUUCAUGUCAAACUUUCAAAUGACCAGAUUAAGGAUGGAAGCUUUAAAGUGACGCGCAUGCGGUGCUGGCGGGUUACUUCCUCACAGGUCCCUGUGGCGAACGGUAUGGCAAAUAGCGACACCUCUGGGAAAUCUGACAUUAAAUUGGAACUGGCGUUUGAGUAUCUCAUGAGUAAAGAGCGCUUGCAGUGGGUCACCAUUACCAGUCCACAGGCAAUUAUGAUGAGCAUCUGUCUGCAGUCUAUGGUGGAUGAACUGAUGGUAAAGAAGUCUGGUGGCAGCAUCAAGAAGAAACGUCAUAAUGGUUCCCUUCGUCGGUCUGACAGUGAACAAGCUGUGAAAUCUCCUCCUUUAUUGGACUCCCCUGACUCAAACAGAGAGCCUAUUGUUAAACUGUCGAGUAAGCUCACUUCGGUAACCCUGCAAGGGAUCAGCACUUCCAAUCCUGCCAAAGACAUCAGCGGCAACAAUAUCCAUGGCAACUAUGCCUUUGAGGGGAUUGGAGAUGACGAUUUAUAAACAUAGCUUUCCAGUCAUGGCUGCGGAAAGCAAAAUAUGUAAUACAGAACUCUGCAAGAUUCUUGGCCACCUGAGGGAAUUUGGAUUUCCCAUUGUUGUUGUUGAUUGAGUUAUAAUUUAUAGUUGCCUUAUUGGGUUAAAAUCAUUACUGUGCAUUUCUUUCAGGGGUGGUCAGGUGACAGGAACAUAAAGUACCUUGAUCUACUUCAGACAAUUUCUGUUGUUAAUCAGUGCCAAAAGAACAAAAUUUGCAGACUGAAUCCUUCAUUUUCUGCAUAAGUUACAUUUCUUCUAGAUGCAUUUUAUCUGGAAGGAAGUCACCUGCUUUGAAAAGCAAAAAAAAAAAUAAACUGAUCAACGUGUUUUUGGAAGGGCUGAAAUAUCCAGAGCAGAUUCAAUUAAAUUAUUGUAUGUGUCCCAAACGAUUGU